AUGUGCCACCUUGCAGGGCUGGGAGUGCUGCUCCUUCCUCUAACAGCAUUGUUCACCUCUGCUCUGGCUCAGAGCGCAUACACAUCGUCAAACAACGAGAAACCAAAAGACAACAAUGCCGACUGUAGCUGUUAUGUUGUCAAUUCCGGGGACGACUCAAACACCCCGUCCUACUUCCAGUAUUACCGCUUCUACGACUUCCGCAACCUGCCUGACGCUAUGAGCGAGGCACCACCGCUUCUCAAUGACACGACCACUGCCGGCCUUGAGCCAGUCUGGCAGCCCAACCUGUUCAACAGUGCUGCAUGGAAUACCGACUGGAAUAUACAAAAUUGGAGCAAGCCAGCAACCGACGACUUCCCUACGCCGAUGAACAACUCGCUGGCUAACGUCUACCUCAAACAGGAGAACGACGUGUCCUUCCUGACCCUUCGCACCUCGCGCCAGGAGCAGUACCAGACUGCGGGGGAAAUCGAGAAUGAACAAAAGAACCUCAUGCACGUCUCCAUGCGCAUGUACGGUCGAGUCCAGGGUGACAAGGGCGCCGUAGCCGGCUUUUUCACUUUUGUCGACGACACAAAUGAGUCGGAUAUCGAGAUCCUCACCGACGACCCAACAGAUAAGAUCCGCUACACAAACCAACCCGCGGUGGACAAGCAGGGCAACGAGAUUGCGGCCGCAUCCAUUGGCCCUACGAAUCUGCCUAGCUGGGAGAACUGGCAAACGCAUCGCAUUGACUGGCUCCCAGAGCACAGCUACUGGUACCUGAACGACGAACAGGUCGGCGCCAACACAUAUUCGGUUCCCCGCAAGCCCAGCUUCAUGGUCCUAAACAUGUGGAGUGAUGGCGGAGAGUGGAGUGGCAGCAUGGAUGUUGGUGGCUCAGCUGAGUUCCAGAUCCAGUGGAUUGAAAUGACGUUCAAUACAAGUGGGCCUUAUGAUGGCGGCAAGUCGCGCAAGAGGGCUGCCAAGCGCUGUCAAACCGUGUGCAAGAUUGAUGAUGUUGCGCAAGUGGGCACACCUGAGGUCGUAUUCAGAGGUGAAAGUGCCGCCAUGGGAUUGCGUGUUUCGUGGGGCCUGCUGGCCAUGGUUGGCAUUAUGUCUGUGUUUGCCGUCGUGUGA